AUGCCUGUUGAAGCUUCAUUGUCUGCGGCAAUGACGGAGGAAGUAUCUGGAUGGUGGCUUUCGGAGAGAAGCGCCAAAGCUCGAUUCAAAGCAUUCCUCGGUCGCGCAAAGUUGGAGAAGCUCACAAGGCAAAAAAGAGCUGAAUCUACGUCUCUCCAUUCCAACAUGACCCAAUCUGUGUACUCAGGACGGGUGGCACCAGCUCCAAGGGUUGCCGAUGCGAACGAAUAUAACGGCAACACAACUUAUUCAAGUUCAGCCCUAUGCUCUUCACAGCAACAUGAGAGUCUAUCCCGAUGGCCGAAGGCUCAGAGAAACCUGACAAGCAGCGAUCCAAUGUACCGCCAGCCACUCGUGGCGGAGCCAGUUUACGACGAGGCAGGGCCUCAUGUAACUCCACGACCAGCGAUGUACGGAAAGACUUCUCGGAACGUGUCUCGCUCGACCACGGAUUCAUCAGUCCACACUUUGAACAGCGUCGAUUUCCGGACAGAGCCAUCCUUGUCGGACAGCCACUCGGUCUACACCACUCACACAAGUUUCUCCAGCUACACAAGCUCUUCUUCAUAUGCUGCUGCCGAGCCUCCUUUCAAGAUUGCCGACAGCGAUGAAGUCUCAACACGCGGCGAUUCCCGGCUGGGAAUGUCCACGCCAACACCAGAAGACUCGGGAGUCUCGUGCAUGUACAUGCACACUCCAAAAAAGAACAAUAGACCUUUUGCAAGUCUGAUAACGACGCCGGGUCAUCUGGUGGGUGCGAAUAGCUAUGAAGAAUUCGUGCACAAGCCUUUACCACCUAUACCCGCGUCUUCACGCCAGCUCGACCGCAACGACAGACGUAUCUCCACCGUUGCUCCCUUGCCGGGGCCGGGGCACGUCAGGAAGAUGUCUGCUCGCUAUCGCUGUGAACCACCCGACGCCAUGAGCCGGUCUGUCACGCCCACGCCGCCUUCCUCGAGGCCCUCUAGCGCCAGGAGCAGAAGCUCUUCACACAGGCAGGAUUCUGUAGAGGGUGGUCGCAGGAGGGUUCCAUCGUAUAGUCUCUUCCCUCGCACUCCCUCGACAGGGCAACAGAAGCUGCCUAUAAACGGCAUACCCUCACCGCCCGCCAUCACCCAGCAGUGCAAUCUGCGGUGCCUCGACAAAUCAACGGAUGCGGAGAGGGAGGACCUGACUCAUCCUCCUUCACCACCACUACCGAGCCGCGACCCACGGAGACACGGCAAAGUCCUGUCCUCAGGCACGGACUUCGCUCCAGGACUGACUAGAGAGCUUCAAACUUCCCAAAUCCCCGCUGCUGGGGACGAAGUCAGCCCUCGGCCCACACUAAGGACGGCAGAUAUACCACGGCGGUCCGUGAUCCCGCGGCAGAAGAGCAUGCCUUGUCUAGUCCGUCCGCGGACCCCAUCCUUGGGACCGCCUCCUAACGAGCCUCUUCCGGCCUUGCCUCUGCAGGCCUUAGGCCGUCUACCAUUGCCGCGAAGAUUCCACCACGAGAGAUGA